ACUAGACAAAGUCUUAUGAGAAACAGAAGAAAGCAAAGAGAUUUUCGUGGGUCGAACUCAGAAGCAAAAACAAAGAUGUCUGAGACCGGAUCGAGUUGGGGAUUCACAGGCUCGACUAUGACGAGUCUUAUGUUCUUAUGGGCGAUGUACAAACAAAUCUUUCCUUACCAUCUCCAAAUCCACGUCGAGAGAUACGUUUACAAGUUGAUGGGAUGGGUUUCGAGCUAUGUUCAUAUCAAGUUCAACGAGUAUUCUGGAGAAGGUCUCGAGAAAAGUAAAGCUUACGACUCCAUACGCAACUACUUGUCCACGAAAUCAACAGCUCUCGCAAAGAGACUAAAGGCCAACGAAUCUAAAAGCAGCAAGUCUUUGGUGUUGAGCUUGGACGAUCACGAGACAGUUGAAGAUGUGUUUGAAGGUGUGAAGGUGAAGUGGUCUUCAAGCGUGACAGAGAACGGGAACAAGUCUAGUAUGAACCGUGAUAAGGGUUCUGUGGAGAGAAGGUACAUGACUUUGAGUUUCCAUAGUCGUCACAGAGAGAUGAUCACAAAGACUUAUCUUGAUCAUGUUUUGAGAGAAGGGGAAGAGAUUGGGCUGAAGAAGAGAGAGAGGAAGCUUUACACUAACAACUCGAUAAAUGAUUGGUGUUCUUGGAGAUCAGGAAGUAACUGGAGCAACGUUUCUUUUGAUCAUCCUGCAACGUUCGAGACUUUGGCUAUGGAUCCUGAGAAGAAAGAAGAGAUUAAGAAGGAUUUGAUCAAGUUUAGUAACGGUAAAGAUUAUUACAGGAAGGUUGGGAAGCCGUGGAAGAGAGGUUAUCUCUUGUUUGGACCUCCCGGGACAGGGAAAUCAACAAUGAUAUCUGCAAUGGCUAACUUCUUGGGGUAUGAUGUGUAUGAUCUUGAGUUAACGACAGUGACAGAUAACUCAGAGUUGAAGAAGCUAAUGUUGGAAACAAAAGGGAAGUCUAUUGUUGUGAUUGAAGAUAUUGAUUGCUCUCUUGAUCUUACGGGACAGAGAAGGAAGAAGAACUUGGAAGACGAGGAAGAAGAGGAUAUAGAGGAGAAGAUCAAGGAAGCUGAGAAGAAGAAGCAGAGCAAAGUUACUUUGUCAGGGCUACUAAACGCCAUUGAUGGGUUAUGGUCAGCUUGUAGUGGAGAGAAGAUCAUAGUGUUCAAAACGAACUUUGUGGAUAAGCUUGAUCCGGCAUUGAUACGUAGAGGAAGAAUGGAUAAUCAUAUUGAAAUGUCUUAUUGUAGGUUUGAAGCGUUUAAGGUGUUGGCCAAGAACUACUUGGAGAUUGAGUCACAUGACUUGUAUGGAGAUGUCAAGAGAUUGUUGGAGGAAGUGGACAUGUCUCCCGCCGAUGUUGCUGAGAACUUGAUGCCAAAAUCUGAUGAAGAAGAUGCAGAGAUUUGUCUUAAGCGUUUGGUUAAAUCUUUGGAGGAAGUGAAAGAGAAAGCUAAGAACCUUGCUGAAGAAGACGAGAAGGAAGCUAGGAAGAAGAUGAAGAAGAAAGCAGAGGAAGAAGAGAAGAAGACAUUGAAACCAUAAUCAGGAUGAAGCUGAACUAAAACGGUGGCUGAUUGAUUCAUUUGCUUAAUGUUUUUAGUUUAUUUGGUAAUUGAGUAUUUUAAGUUUAAUCUUAGAAUAUGUUUUUAAAUGUUUUUUUCUUAAUAAUGUCUCUAAUUUCCCCUAACAGCAAAUAGCUGCAAUGUUA